AUGGCCUGGAGAAGUGUUGAAUAAAAUCUUUUCUGUCGCGAAAACCAUCUACAAACUACGUGAACAAGCCAAAACCAACAAGAAGCUUUGUAAAAAUCUAGAACAGAGGAUCGAGCUGCUUACAAUGCCUUUAAGAAAGCUAGAGAAUGAUCUGGAAAAAACAAAAGAAAUGGUAAGACACGUUGAGGGCAUUCCUAUCCAACCUGGAGAUGGCCAAAAAAUGGAUGGAGACCUAUACUGGAAGCUGGUGGAAACAGCAUUUCUAGUUCUCAGCAGCUACAGAAAGAUCUGUCACAUUAAUGCUCAACUAAGUGAGACUGCUGAAGCCUUACAAAUCCUUCUGAAAGUGGAAGAUAGAGACACGUUUCUCCAAAUUUUCAAAAAAUCCAUAUGGAAGGAUAUCCAAGAAGCUAUUGACAAUUUGGAGCAAUUAUUCAAGAGUGAAAAAUAAGAUCUUUUGGUAAAAAGAUGGACGCAUUUGUUGACCAGGUAGACCACAAUCAUCAGGAGAUACUAGAGCUAUUAAAGGAACAGAAUUGCCCACCAUGGAGAAUCAGAGAGAUUCCAGCAACAGAACUGAAGUAUGGAGAUGUGGAGAGCACCAGCAACCGCUACAAAAUGUACAAAGGAAUGUACAACAACAACUUCGUACUGAUCAAAGUCGUGCUGGGGGAACUGGAGACCGACAAUGAGGUGGUAAAGAGUGCAUUCUUGAAAGAGUGUGAGACCAUGAAGAAAUAUGAAAGUCCCAACAUUCUGCAGGUUUUUGGCAUUUGUAUUGAAAAUAUGAGUAAUGGACCCCGCUACUCUCUGGUGACAGAGUACUGUGAGAAAGGGACAUUACGUGACAUGCUACAAAGGGAGAAGGACCUGAAUUGGGAGCAGAAACUCAUGAUGGUUCUUGAUGCCACCAGCGCUCUGUAC